AUGAAUGCCAUCUCCGUCUCCCUCCAACCAACUCCAAUUUUUGUUUCCAAAGUGCAACGGCAAAGCCACAGCCCUGCUGCAGCCACCGCCCGCUCGCUCACCCUAGCCCCCUACUCCACUCCACUCCAGUCGAUGAGACGCCUCGAGGUCACCGCGCUCGCCCUCCUCGUCGCCGGCGCCGCGCUCGUCCUCCUCCUCGCCCUCUGCCGAAACCGCCACCACCAGCGGCGGGGGAGCGGCAGAAGCAAGCGGCCCGAGCUGCCGCUCUCCACGCCCACCACCAAGACCGCCAUCGAGGGCCGGCGCCACCUCGCCCUCCUGAUCCUUCUUUUCUCGGGCCGCCGCCGCCGCCUCCGCGCGCGCGUCGAGCCGGCAGCCGCGCCACCGGGCUCCCGAACGCCAUCUCCGGCCCCAUCCCCGUCUCCGGCCACGGUGCUUCCGCUGGAGGAGGAGGAGGUGGCGGCGUGGCGGGAGCGGUGGUUCGGCGGCCCCGUCUCGUGGGCGCUCUACACCAUCUACGAGGAGGAGGAGAAGGAGGAGGCUGGCGCCGGCGACAUGGACGGCGGCGGGCAGGAGACGGAGACGGAAACGGGGACGCCGUUCUACACGCCGCCGGCAUCGCCGACGGUGGGAACAACGGAGCCCUGGAUGGAGUAGGCCGUUCCGAUCCAACUAACCCACUGACGUCGCCCUUCUUGUUAAUUAUUAAUCUGUCGCUGUGCCUUGAAUUUGUUACUCUUAUUAGAAUUAUUAUUACUUAUAGUAUUAGAUGACGCCAUUACCACGCAUGGUGCCACUGCCAUGCCAUGCAUGCAGGCUCACAAAUUAAAGGAGCCAAGUUAGCUCUAAUCUUUGUCUUUAAGGCUACCAAGUUAUUUUUGCUCCUGCUAAAUGCUAAUGUUAUGCCACUGGCACGUACUAUUCACAAUCCAAAUGCUGGGUUUUCUGGCGGGCGAGCAAUUAAACAAGCCAUGCAUGAUUUUGUGCCAUAAUAAUACAAGUCAAUUAAGUCAGGUCGACCAGCAGCCAGCAGGCCAUCUCUGUUGUUCUUGUCAUCUCUGAAAUUCUCUUGUCUGUUGUUCCCUGACUGCCCUCUCUCUCUCUCUCAUCAGUUUCGACCACCGGCUGCUGCUGCUCUCAUGAUCUCUGUCUCUGCUCCGUCUGCGGAUCGGAUCUCCAUUUGCUUCCAAAGUUGCCAUCGGCCAAAGUUUUAACUGGACGAGCCGCAUUGCCGUGUAGGCUAGCUGUGUGUAGCUAAUUAAGUGUAUUUACUCCACUUUGUUAAUAGACCUAGUCUUUGUUGACGGGCCGCCCUUUUGCUUUCACAGACACUAAGGCAACACAAACAGCUCUGAUCCGAUCACUUUAAUCCUCUUCUUCACUUGAGAGCUCAGCUGAGCACUUCACGCAUGCCUCCCUCCUGGACAUGGAGCGAGCAUCAAGAUGCCUCCUGCUCCCUGCCGUCCGGGAUAUGCAUGCGGCAUUGGACCCACUCCCGAACGUGUGUACUUUCACAUCAUAUCACAGACACGUUAUGACGUAAAUACGAUGUUGUGUCUCAGUUCGGUGUAAAUUUAUCAAGUGGAUGGAGCACUUAUAUGAACUACUAGUAUGUGGUAACGCCACAACUUUACUUUGAGGAUGCACAUGAAAACAACCAAACGAUAUUCUUUUUUCCCAUAGUUAAACUUUUACACAAUUGUAUUGUAUUUCAGCAUGUAUACAAUCUAGAAAACACUUCUGCAUGAUAAGGCAUAUAAUAAAGUUAUUUCUCACAUCAACCAUCACAUGUUCCAUAUCUAUCUAUUCUAAUUUUGUGUCAUAAAUAUUAAUUAUUUUUCCUAUAAAAUUCAUUUUUAUAUAUUUUUAACUCAGGCUGUUCGCUUAAAUGAUAUUCCAUGACUGAAAAUACUAUUUCCUGAUUCGUUAUAAGAAAAAAAACAUUAUUGAAUGACUGAUAACAUCAUAUCUUCUCUUAAUGACCACCAGUCAUUCGAGUAUCUCAACUUUGUUUGCACAAAGCACGACUCCGUAUGGGUGUGUUUGGUUUGUUGGUUCAUGGUAGCCUGGCUAGGAAUCUUAGCCUGGGCAUCACAAGCCUGUUUCCAGGAAGCAAGAGGUGUUUGUUUGGUUGCUUGUGAUGCUGAGCUUGGCUAAGAUGAGCUCGUGUUUGGUUUGCUAUGCAAAGGGCAUAGAGUCACCUCUUUCUUCAACAGGUAAGUCUACCUUCUCUUAGUC